AGUUAAUAAAGUAAGAUGUUAGAAACCCGAAACAAAAGUAUAUUUGUACCAAUUUAAUUUUUAUGAGAAAGCAACACAUGGGAAAAAGAUAUACUGAUUUUGUUUGUACAUCUAUAUCAAAUAGGCCUGUUACGGAUCCGGAUAUCCGGUAUUUUGGAGGUAUCCGGAUCCGUAUCCGUAACAGGCGGAUCCGUCAUUUCAGUCUCCGGAUCCGUAUCCGCCAACCCCUGAUAUUCGGGAUCCUGAAGUCCGUGAAAAAGUACGAGUAUCCGCGGAUAUCCGGAUCUGAUCCGGUUUUUUUUAUCAUCUUCUCUCCUCCCGAACACAAGCAACCGAACUUCACCACCAAGAUUCUUCCCAGAAAAAACAGCUCCAAAUCUGCAACGAAAGAGUGAAUCCAACGCCAAGGAGAAGAGGAAGAGAUAGAGGCAGCGGUUGUUUCGGUGGAGGUUGAGGAUGAGGAUGAUUUGGUGGAGGAGGAUGACGAUUUGGUGCCAUGGUGGUAGAGAUGGUCGUUUGGUGGAGGCUGGUG